GGUUGGGUCCAAAUUAUGGCUCAUUUUUCUUUGUAAAUUGAAUCAAUUUCUGACGAUGAUUGUCGGGACAAUUUCACGGCUUAGACCUUUUUUUAUUCUAUAGUUCUGAGCCUUUUCUACUGAUUCCCACUGCGUUUAAGUCAGAUUCCAACCAAUUUCUAAGACAUUUCCCAACACGGUAAAGUGGGUCAGUUCUCAUUUUUCAUUAUGACAACGAGAAAAGCCGCCGGGGCUGCUGGAGACGUGGUUCCCAUCUCCACCACCAACAGCAAGCUGCAGAGCCAGAGCCCGACCCAGCAGAGCAUCCAGAGUCCCGCCGGGGUUCCGGCUGAGCUGGCGGAGAUGGUGGGAGAAUUCCGGGACUGGUGCCUGAAAACCUACGGAGACUCUGGAAAGACCAAGACCGUGACCCGGCGCAAGUACAACAAAAUCCUGCAGACGUUGCUGCAGGACGGCGAGGAGGACGGCGGAGGAGCGCUCCUCCAGGAGAGGGAGGCGGGCGGCCACCACAUCAACGCCAAAUUUAAAUUCUGGGUGAGGUCGAAGGGCUUCCAGGUGGGCCGGAGCGGAGCGUCAUCGGAUGGACCGCCGGUGCUGUACGUCCCCAUCAAGGCGACGUGUGUGGACGGCGUGUCGGGGGGAGACUCGUCCCUGAAACGGGUGGCAGUGGUGGAGGAUUUUUUCGAUAUUAUAUAUGCCAUGCACGUUGAGCUCGGCACUGACCCUGGAAAAACACCAAAACACGCUGGUCAGAAGAAAACCUACAAAGCUAUAGCUGAGACGUACGCCUUUCUGCCGCGGGAGGCGGUGACACGUUUCCUGAUGAGCUGUGGGGAGUGUCAGAAGCGGAUGCACAUCAGUCCCGCAGGACAGGACUUCAAAGAAAACAACAGACCCGCUUCUCUGGUUUCAGAGGUGAUAGACUUCAAUGUGCCUCUCACCACCACCUACAUGAAACAGAUGAAGCUGCAUUUUAUGAACAACAACAACAAGGAUGACAGUUCAUUGAGCAGUGAGGAGGAGGCAGAGAUGAGCGAGCCCACGUGGCUAGCACCUGAUCUGGGAGCGGUGUCGGACCUAAGCCCAGCCAGCCGUGGAGAGAGGAUGCGCCACAGUCCCCAGAACACCCACAGCAAGGACGACGAUGAUGACUUGUCUUCAGAAAGCGGCAGCGGGAACGGCUUACCUGCCCUGACCCCUCCCACCUCUGCUGUGACAGAUGGUGCCAUCGUCAGGGAAACGGAGGUCGUCAAUGGUGCCGUUGGGGCUGCCCCUCUGGACUUCAGCAGGCCGACUUCUUCUUCCUCAUCAUCUGAGGACCAGCAGCCGGUGAACCUGAGCGAGCCGCCCUCUCAGCGUCUGCCCCUGUCUACCUCACACCUGCCCAUCACCGUCUCUGCAGCAGCUGCAGCGCUGCUCGGCGCUCUGCAUCCCAAUGCGCCAGAGGAACUCCGGAGGAAGUACCCGCUGGCCGCCAAACCCCCCCUGGCUCCGCAUCCGGCCCUGCCUCUGCCGCACGCACACACUCCAAACACACACGCCCCGUCGCACACACACACUACAGAGCUUCGACUGGACCGAGACGGCAGGGACUACGGGAGUAAGUCUCCACAGUACAGUUCAGGAGGGAGCUACGACGGCAUUAAGAUGGAGCUGAACGCAGAAGACCUCACCACUGGGCGUCACAGCACCCAGGUCGCCCCUGACGAUGACGACGACGACCAUGACGACCAUGAUGACAGCGACAAGAUCAACGACACGGAGGGUGUCGACCCUGAGAGAUUAAAGGCCUUUAAUAUGUUUGUUCGUCUGUUUGUGGAUGAGAACUUGGACCGAAUGGUACCGAUCUCCAAGCAGCCCAAGGAAAAGAUCCAAGCCAUCAUCGAGUCCUGCAGCAGACAAUUCCCAGAAUUCCAGGAACGCGCCCGCAAGCGCAUCCGCACCUACCUCAAAUCCUGCCGACGUAUGAAAAAGAACGGCAUGGAGACCCGUCCAACUCCACCUCACCUCACCUCAGCCAUGGCUGAAAACAUCCUGGCUGCAGCCUGCGAGAGUGAAUCCCGCAACGCUGCAAAGAGGAUGCGCCUCGAAGCCUACCAUGAUGAGCAGAUCUCCCUGGAGAAGCCGUCCAGCGGAGGCGCCACUCUGAGGGAGCCGGUGUCCCUCGCUCAUUCUGCUUACUCCUUGGCUGCAUCAGCCUUCCCCUCCCAGGACACGCAGCUCUACAUCAACGGGGCCGGCCUCAGCUAUGGUUACCGUGGAUACCCAGGCCUGAGCUCUGCCAUUCAACAUCCCAUCUCCCUGACGACCGGCACUGCCACUCAGAGCAAUGGUCCCACAGACCUCAGCAUGAAGUCUCUCUACUCCAACAACAUCACCAACUCCUCCUCCUCCACUACCACUAACAACCUCAGCGGACGGGGCGGUGGGGGCGGCGGAGGGGGCGGGGCAUCCACACAGCUCAGCCAACCAGAAAUCACGGCUGUGCGUCAGCUGAUCGCAGGUUACCGGGAGUCGGCAGCCUUCCUGCUUCGCUCAGCUGACGAGCUGGAAAACCUCAUCCUGCAGCAGAACUGAGGAGAAACGCACACAGACACACACACCUCGGACACAGACACACACAGUCUCAUGUAAUGCUUGUUUUGUGUCUGUUUCGGCUAUGAUGAACUCCAGACCCCCUUAUUGUCUUUCUUGUCCCGCCUUCAACUCAGAUUCUUUACACUUACUACAGUGUCUGUGCUGAAGUGCGGCUAUGGAGGGGAAAUUGGAAAUAUCCUGUAUAAAAAAACCCUCAAGAAACAAUGAAACACUUCUACCCACAACGAAAUGAAC